UCAGACCCAGACAAGGAGCCACGUAAGUUGGAAAGGGGAUGAGGCAGCCCCGGGCCGAGCAGUGCUUCGAUUCCCCGACGAGAAUUGAAUUUCGACGCGGAUAGAGCGAAUGCAAGAACGCAUGAGCUCGCGCCGGGUUAGGGCGGUCGAAGCGAAUUCGGGGCGCAGCGCAAGAUGAAAGACCAAGGUCGUUGAGAAUUUUGGUGCUUCGGUGCUCGUAGCUCACGCUUGUGGCGGAGACGGGGUGCGAAUUGCGAAUUUGCUCGUUGAUUCUCGAAGGAUGGAGGAGGAGAGGGAGGAGCGGAAGGAGCGGAAGGAUACGAUUGAUUGAUUGAUUAGAUUGCUUUCACACCGCGGAGUGUAGUGUUCUUUUUUCACAAAGCGUAGUGAUGCAGUGCGAAAAAAAGCGGGCAUGAGCGAGCGUGUUUUGCUGUCCAUGGACAUUAUCCGGGUUCGAGAAUUGUGCAUACGUCCUCGCAGCCAAGUUUGUGGAUGUUUACGUGUACCGAAAAUGCAGGUUUCUCCGGGUUUUGUAUUGCAGAGGUACACGCCAGUGCUCGCCGCACCACGAAGUGGAAAGAGAUGCAGAGUCAAAGGCACUGCCAUCCGGGCCUCCAUACCUCCGGACGUUGCAAUUGCGGCAAUUACCGCCGCUGCUGCCGUGCUGCCGGCUUGUUGGCUUUACUCCCGCAGGUUCAAAUUGGCCGCGACAAUUUCUUCUUCCUCCGAUAAAACAGAGUCAGGGGUAAUUGCUACAGCUUUCGGUAAACCAAGCAACAUUGUGGCGCAGACCGAAAUUCUUCCAACUCCAGCUCAAGGAAUCGGACUCAAGAGUGCGGUUGACAUCAGAGAGGUCUCAGAGCCCACCGACUACGUUUCUGAAAGUCACAACUCAAACGUUGAGAAUGAGCUGAAGGAGCAGGAACAUCGUUUUUUGUCAGGAUUCCUUGCAUCGACUUCGGAGUCAGCGACUGCUGAAAUCAUUGGAGACCAUGCAGAAGUUUUAGAAGACUUGCGAACGGAUCAACCCAUUGUGGACAGUCGCUCUGAACACGUGAACCUUUUGUCGCCCUUGCUGCCAUUCAAUACUGCGGAUGAGGAUUCAGCAGAUACAGUCCAGAGAAAUCUUACGGAGGCGUCCUCCAGCUUAGAAGGAGACAUGCUGGCUUUCCCAAUGGUGGGACGUUAUCCUAGUCUAGACAGGAAGGAAGAGCUCAGUGGAAACAAUAUAGAUUCGCCCGAGAAUAAGAGCGAUGCCGGGAUUUCAAGCGAUGGAGCUUCAGGCCAUCUCAUAGAAAAAGAAGAGGACUCUGCGGGUGGUCGCGAUACCGAAGGUUCAGAGCUUCAAAACAACAUCAUCGUAAAUGAGAAAGUUGAAUCCAUUUCUGCAGGUUGGACAAACGCCGAUACAUUGUCGACGAUCGAACUUGAGACCACCGAUGUGAUGGGCAAAACCGUAGGGCUAGGACUUAAUACCAGUUCAGGAAAAAGUAAAGACACAAGAAGUCAUCCUGCAAAUGAGGUUCAGUCUCGAGAUUUGCGGAUGGUACACAACAUUGCGCCAUCUAUGGCAGAUGAUACAAAAACCUCGAAUAAGAGUAAGAAACUAGUAGAUAAAAGCAAAGGUCGGAUUGUGCCAAGGAUAUUGUCGGAGAUUCUCCCAAUCGAAGAGUCAGCAGACGCUGAUCUACAUCUAAGAAUUUAUCGAGCCUUAUUGAGCUCUGAAAGGAUUCAAGAUUGUGUGUUGCUGCUAGAAGCAAUGGACAAAGUUAGAAUAUUGGACACCAGCAAGAUACAUCAAUCAAGGUUUUUUAACAGCUGUAAGAAGCAGAAGGCCGUAAGAGAGGCAUUUAGAUUUACGAGGUUACUAAGUAGGCCAACACUUCAAACAUUCAACAUGCUGAUUUCUGUCUGUCGUGAGGCUCGAGAUGUGGAUGGGGGUUUGAAGGCUCUUUCUGUAGCAGAGAAGUCGGGCGUUAAACCUGAUGCUAUCCUCUACACGACACUGAUUUCAACUUGUGCCAAGGCUGGGAAAGUUGAUAUUGCCUUUAAAGUAUAUCAUGACAUGGAAGCGGCCGGAGUGUUGCCAAAUAUCAAGACAUACGGUUCUUUGAUCGAUGGAUGUGCUCGUGCUGGACAAGUUGCCAAGGCUUUUGGUGUUUAUGGUAUCAUGCUUUCGAAGCAAGUGAAGCCAGACCUAGCCAUAUUCAACACUCUUAUCAACGCGUGUGGUCGUGCUGGAAGUCUAGAGCGAGCUUUUGACGUACUUGCUGACAUGAAACGAGAACCUUGCUUUUUGCAACCCAAUCACGUGACUUACGGUGCUCUGAUGUCCGCAUGCGCAAAGAGCGGCCAGGUGGAACGUGCUUUUGAUGUAUACAGAAGCAUGCGCAAAAGUGGGAUGAAGGGAACUCCAGAGUGCUACACUGCUGCAGUCCACGCCUGCAGUCAAACGGGAGACAUUGAUUUGGCUCUUACGGUACUAGAGGAUAUGAAGAAAGACGGCGUGCAGCCGGAUGAGAUAUUAUUUAGCGCACUGGUAGACGUCGCUGGUCAUGCUAACGACGUAGAUGGCGCCUUCAAAAUUCUGGACAAUAUGAAAGCAUUCGGAAUGUCUCCUAAUUCGAUUACGUACAGUGCCGUGAUGGGAGUGUGCAGCAACACCGGAAACUGGGAGCGAGCUUUGAAACUUUACCAUGAGAUUCGGGCCCGUGGGUUGCUGCCUACAGUUUCAACUUUCAAUGCCCUCAUCACUGCUCUAAGUGAUGCUAAGCAAACACAUGAAGCAUUUUCUGUGGUGGACGAAAUGAAGGGAGCCAGAGUUAUGCCCGAUCAAAUAACCUACAGUAUUCUGCUCGAGGCCUGUCAAGUGAUGCAUGAUCCAGACAAAGCCUUCCAUCUCUAUGCAAAGGCUAAGGCAGAGGGUGUGGUACCCAAUGAGUCGAUAUGUGAAAGUGUGAUAGGAAUAUGUUAUGCAAGCAUACGGAGCAGGCUACCUGCACCCGCGUAUUUGCAACCUAGGGGAGUAGUAACUGGGCCAAGCUUUGAAGAACCAAAGAAACAGUGGACAAACUGGGCUCUAUCCGUGUAUAGACAAACGGUUGCAGCGGGAUACACUCCCACGUUGAAGUCACUUUCUCUUCUGUUGGGUUGUUUACGUAAACAUGAAGCACAACAAGAUAAAAGUCUUAGCGAAGAUACACUUUUUCCUCAUGAUGACAUCCCAAAAGAUCUGCCUUCAUUGAUCUUAGAUGCAGGCGGCCUUUAUGAUCCUCGAGCAUUCGUGUUUUUCGAAGAAGCUGCUUCCUUGGGCGUUGUUCCACCUCUCAAUUACACUGCGGGUCCGAUCACCUUAAACGCAGAAAUGUUGCCAAGUUAUGUUGCUGAGGUUUCCCUACUUACUUUGCUGCAAGGGUUGAAAAAGAGACACGAUGCUGGUGCUCAGCUGUAUCCUGUGACAAUAAAACACUUUUUUGAGAUGAAGCAAACACUGACUGCGACGAGGGAAAUCAAGAAACUCGCUAUAAGUGGCAGGAGUGGUCAAUCUAUGGCGGCACUUUUGAGGAGACUCAGGCUUCAUUAUCAAGGUCACGAGAGUUCGGGUAAACUAUUAAUCACUGUAGCAUCGAUGAAGAAAUCGUGGAAGCCGGCCACCCAAUCCCAAACCGUAGCUAAAAUCCAAAACUAUCAAGGACUUGCGUCAUUGAGGCCCCGCAAUGUAUUUGUUGCAAAGGGUAUUGCCGAGCAACAACGAGCUAUUCGAUUCGGGGACGGUCCUACUUCUCCCUCUAAAGUGGAUUUUACAGAAUAGCGAGCGUCCAGAAAAUGAUAGUUACCUGAAAGAAAAUUCCCAGUUCAGGGAUUGGGAGCUUAAAUGAUGGUGGUUUCGAAAAAGAUAUACUGGUAUCUGAACAAUACUGGAAAAUACGGGAAAGGUAUAUGAGGUCAAGGUAAUUUGUUUAGACACAACCAUUAAGCUGGCAAGAUACGUCCGGUGUUUUGCAGAACGUUUCAUUACUGGAGAUGUUCACAAGCCUUUUGUCACCUCACAGUCCCUGAUAGAACUGGUAGGGAGGAAAUGUUCGACUUUGAUGAUCCACGUUGAAUCCUGCAUUAUCUGAAGUGAUGAAGAGCCUGGGAAGUUCCUGUGCAUGCUGAAGGGCAGCUGAAAAGUCAGUUCCAGGCAUAUCCAGGUUGUACCUUGAUUGGUCUGGGUCUGAGAAGACUGGACACCUGAAAAGAGUUCAAGCUCUUCAGUUAGUCUUUACUCGCCGGGGAGUAACGUCAGCUUCCACCGCUCAAAAUUCCAUAUUUGUGUCUGCAAGUACAAUACAUCAAAGUGUGUAGGCUUCUACAUCGAUUCUAUUAAUGCCCUCGAUAAUGUUGAGUAGUUGGUGCCUGUCAACUGAAGCGAACUACAUCCGCUGGUUGCAGCCAAAAAUUCAUCUAGCACAUAGCUCUCUGAUGAUCAUUCAUAAUUGAUUUCAAGCAUAAGCCCCGGAGAAAGUGUUUCUGCGGUUGUCAAUUUUGCUCUAGAUAUGCAGCUACGUCUGCCUGUCGUGUUUGGAACAGGCUUUCAGUUUAUUCAUUGUAGUUAUGGGGUAUCAGUGAUACCCCAUAAAGUUCGAAUUAAAUAUGAUGUGUGAUACCGUAUCACGCGUCAUAUUUAGUUCGAACUUUGAUUAGCGAGCUUAGUAUCAAUCCAUCACCUCUCGUGAAUGUUGCC